AAAAUUAAUUAUCUUGCAAUCGUCCAAUAAUAUUAAAACAAAAUAUUUUACCGAGAUUUAAGUAAAUAGUUAUACCAGCCACAUGCAACGUUAAAUAAAGUUCGGAACCUUGCAUCAAAUAAAAAAAAGAAUUGAUUCAUCACGUGUGGAAAAUUAUCAUUAACAGAGCUACCUUUUUUACAAUGCCUCCAGUUCAAAGGAAGAAAGAUACAAGUAAUCUUUCUGAGAAUUAUGUUCCUUCAAAAACGUCUAAGGAAUAUGAUCAAAAAAAAAGUAGUAGUUCUGGUGGUUUAAUAUGCCUAAGCAUAUUGCAAGUAAUUUUAACUUUCUUAAUUAUAAAUUUUGCCGCUUCCUUCUUUCUAACUGAAACUUGGUUUUGGGGAUAUGAAGGAAAAUAUACUAAUUGGAGAAAUUGGAUUCCGAGGAGAGAAAUUAUCUUUUCUGAAGCAGAAUUGGCUAAAUAUGAUGGAUCCGAUCCCAAUUUGCCUAUUUAUAUUGCUAUGAAUGGUGAAGUGUUCGACGUUACUGCCGGAAAACAUUAUUAUGGCAAAGGAGGUGGUUAUAAUUUUUUCGCAGGAAAAGAUGCAUCUCGUGCAUAUAUUACAGGAUGUUUUGAAACUCAUUUAACUCAUGAUUUACGAGGAUUAACUCAUCAGCAAAUUAAGGAUCUUGAAAAUUGGGCAGGUUUUUAUCGUGAUCAUCAUACAUAUUAUAAAGUAGGACGUGUAGUUCAUCCCCCUAUAGACCCAAAAACACCAAUUCCUCCUCCUUGUAAUGAUGCUUCUGCUCAAAAGUCACAAUAAACAUAGUAUAUUCAAUGCGUUUUUUAAUCUAUUAAGUAUUUUACUUUUUGUAAAUAAACAACUGUGUUUUGAUCCAUUUCCGUUGUAAUACACAUGUUUAUUCAGCUUUAUUGAUUUGUAAAUAUAGUUUGUAAUUUUGUAUACGUACCUAUUCUACAAUGAAUGAUUUGUAUAUGUACCGAGUAACGAGCAUUCCCUAUUUUCUGAUUUUCAUUAAUCAAUCAAUAUUCACAUAUACUUUAUAUACGGUGUUAUCGUUAUCGUGCGACCAUAAGUCACCAUAAUACUACUUUUAACAAAUACUGUAUCUUUGU